UUGAACACAAUGAGCCAUAAGGGCUACAUUGCCUAUGCUAUAUACCUAUGGUGCUCGUAGCCCUCGGUCAGAGGAGUCCGAGUAUCGCUCGGUGGCUGGCGCACGAGGGGCUUUCCUCUGUGGCUUAUGUACGAGGAGUCUGCCAAGACCCUUCCUCGCGCAUAGAGGUCCGAGGAGGUCACGUGAUCCUCCCUUACUCUACAAAGGGCGGGGUUGACUGGCUGUCGUCGUUCCUUUUAACUUAACCGCUGUGCCUUCCUCCCUCAGGUUCGUAACACCAUCUCCCUCCUUCCUAAGCUUGUCCUCAAGCUUUUCCGUAUGCCUGUGGCUAACCAUGUCCACCCCCAGGUCCAAAGAACAUCUUCGUCUUGCUCUUGAGAUUCGUCGCAACGGUCUCCCUGCGCCCGUCCCCUGCGAUUAUUGCUUUGCGAACAACCGUCAGUGCGUCGCGAUGCCCGAAGUCGACGGCAAGCGUUUGAAGUGCUCGGAGUGCACUCGUCUGGGUCACCCAUGUGUGAACAUGUCGUGGGUGUCUUUAGACAAGACUCGUGAAGAGUAUCAAAAGAAGGUGGAUAAAGAUAAGCAGCUGCUAGCUCAGGUAAUUUCGCGCUUAAUGCGAAACAAGAAGAUUUUAAAGCAGGCUAAGGAGCGUGCUGCGAAGAAGACUAUGUGUCUAGCGAAUUCCUUGCGCGCUGGUGGUGAUGACGUGGAUGCGCAGGAGUCCUUGGACUGUCCCGCGGCGGAUGCCUUGGUGGGGUUUUCGCCGGUUAUGUGGAGUACCUUGGGGUCCUUAGACGCCCUAGCGUCGCCCUCGAAUUCUAGCGAUGCGCCGAUUUUCUCCUCAUGAUA